CCUUAAACACAUAUAAACAAGUCAAAGUCAAAAUACUUGAUAAUGUAACCCAGACAGCAACAUAGUGUGGCCCAGAUCCGGCCCGCGUGUAAUCCACAUGUGGGCCGGAUCUGGGCCGACACUAUGUUGCUGUCAGGGAAUUUUCAUCCACUGGAUUGUGUCAUGCAACAUUGUGUCAAAUCUAGUUUCCAAAUGCGCAUUGCUCUGUUGUUUGUUCCUUGACUCUGCUGCACCAACCAGCACUUCUGAUGAUAGGCCAAGAAGAUGGCUGGAUGGGAUCAGGAAUCACAUGACAGGUUGUGCACGUAGUGAGGGUUAUUACUUCAUCAGCAAGAGGGAAAAGCUGCGAUAUCUCUGUGAGGAACUUUCUGCUUCAGAAGAGUUUAUUGUAGAUACUCAGGGAAAGAGCGUGCCAGCUCAGAUUCCACCUUCAUCCAGAUCAGGUUCAGAACUUAGAGCGGAACAGCGUCGUCUGUUGUCCUCAUUCAGCUGUGACAGUGACCUCCUCAAAUUCAACCAGCUCAAGUUUCGUAAGAAGAAGCUGCGUUUUGGCAAGAGUCGUAUUCAUGACUGGGGGCUGUUUGCAGAGGAACCUAUUGCUGCAGAUGAAAUGAUAAUUGAAUAUGUAGGCCAGAGCAUUCGGCAGGUGAUAGCGGACAUGCGUGAAAGGCGUUAUGAAAAUGAGGGCAUUGGAAGCAGCUAUCUGUUCCGGGUCGACCAGGACACUAUCAUUGAUGCAACCAAGUGCGGUAACCUGGCAAGAUUCAUCAAUCACAGUUGCAAUCCAAACUGCUAUGCCAAAGUUAUCACUGUAGAAGCUCAAAAGAAGAUAGUCAUCUACUCUCGGCAACCUAUUGGUGUAAAUGAAGAGAUCACUUAUGAUUACAAAUUCCCUAUUGAGGAUGAGAAGAUCCCCUGCCUGUGUGCUGCGGAGAACUGUAGAGGAACCCUCAACUAGACAAGGACUAUUCUCACAAUUUCAAAGUAUUAGCAGUAAACAAGUUUCAAACAUGAACCUGUUUUUUAAGAACAAACUCCUGUUCAGUCUUUUAGGAAUAAGGAUUUUUAAAUAUUCACAAGGACAUAACAUAUUCCUGACUGUCACAGACAUUUUUUGCAGGAGCAAAUGACAGUUUAACAUGAAGAUGUCAACUCCAGAAACUCAGAUUUUAUAUUCUUGCAUGUGUAGAUUUGGAAAAUGUCCAGAGCAAAAAUUUCAGGCCAUCACUGGUUAAAUCUUGUUUUCAUCAUAUUUAUUGUUGGAAGGUUUGAAUUGGAUUCAAGUUAAAUAUGCUUUCAUGAGUUUUAUUGUGAAGUAUAAAUGAAAAUAAAAAUGUGUA